CGGGAGCGGCGCAGUCGGUGAGGUGUCGUCGGUUCUCUAGGCCUGCGGUCCCCGGCACCUCUGGUAUGAGCAGAGUGGAGUCCCUGUCUGGUGGUAAACCAUGAAGGAGACAGACCGUGAAGCUGUCGCCACCGCAGUCCAGCGGGUGGCUGGUAUGCUGCAGCGGCCAGACCAGCUGGACAAAGUACAGCAGUACCGCAGGAGAGAGGCCCGGAAGAAGGCCUCGGUGGAGGCCAGGCUCAAGGCUGCAAUCCAGUCACAGUUGGACGGGGUGCGCACAGGUCUGAGCCAGCUCCACAAUGCCCUAAAGGACGUGCAGGACAUCCAGCAGUCACUGGUGGACGUCAGCAAGGACUGGAGGCAGAGCAUCAACACGAUCGAGAGCCUCAGGGAUGUGAAGGAUGCCGUAGUUCAGCACAGCCAGCUGGCCGCAGCUGUGGAAAACCUCAAGAACAUCUUCUCAGUGCCCGAGAUUGUGCGGGAAACCCAGGACCUGAUUGAGCAGGGGGCCCUCCUGCAGGCGCACCGCAAGCUAAUGGACCUGGAGUGCUCACGGGAUGGACUCAUGUACGAACAGUUCCGCAUGGACAGCGGGAACACACGUGACAUGACCCUCAUCCACGGGUACUUCGGCAGCACACAGGGGCUCUCAGAUGAGCUGGCCAAGCAGCUGUGGAUGGUGCUGCAGAGGUCGCUCGUCACCGUCCGCCGGGACCCCACCCUGCUGGUAUCUGUGGUCAGGAUCAUUGAGAGGGAAGAAAAGAUUGACAGGCGCAUCCUGGACCGAAAGAAGCAGACUGGCUUUGUUCCUCCUGGGAGACCCAAAAACUGGAAGGAGAAGAUGUUUGCCAUCUUGGAGAGAACUGUGACAACCAGAAUUGAGGGCACCCAGGCAGACACUCGGGAAUCAGACAAGAUGUGGCUGGUGCGCCACCUGGAGAUUGUGCGCAAGUACGUGCUGGAUGACCUGGUGGUGGCCAAGAACCUAGUGGCCCAGUGCUUCCCUCCCCACUACGCUAUCUUCAGGAGCCUCCUGCGCAUGUACCACCAGGCCCUGAGCACACGCAUGCAGGAGUUGGCAUCUGAGGACCUGGAGGCCAACGAGAUUGUGAGCCUGCUGACCUGGGUGCUGAACACCUAUACCAGUGCAGAGAUGAUGGGGAACCCGGAGCUGGCCCCGGAAGUAGACGUGCAUACACUGCAACCUUUACUUUCCCCAGAUGUAGUCUCAGAGUUGCUGGACACCUACAUGUCAACCCUCACCUCCAACAUCAUCGCCUGGUUGCGUAAAGCUCUGGAAACAGACAAGAAGGAUUGGAGCAAAGAGACAGAACCUGAGGCUGACCAGGAUGGAUACUACCAGACCACGCUCCCUGCCAUCGUCUUCCAGAUGUUUGAACAAAACCUUCAAGUUGCUGCACAGAUAAGUGAAGAAUUGAAAACAAAGGUGCUAGUUUUGUGUCUUCAGCAAAUGAAUUCUUUCCUAAGUAGAUAUCGGGAAGAGGCUCAGCUGUACAAGGAGGAGCACCUGAGGAAUCGGCAGCACCCGCACUGCUACGUGCAAUACAUGAUCGCAGUCAUCAACAACUGUCAGACGUUCAAGGAGUCCAUCGUGAGUUUAAAGAAAAAGUACUUAAAGAGUGAGGUGGAGGAGGGUAUGGCUCCAAGUCAGCCCAACAUGGAUGGGAUUUUAGAUGCCAUUGCAAAGGAGGGCUGCAGCAGCCUGCUGGAGGAGGUCUUCCUGGACCUGGAGCAACAUCUAAACGAACUCAUGACCAAGAAGUGGCUCCUAGGCUCCAAUGCUGUGGACAUCAUCUGUGUUACUGUGGAAGAUUACUUCAACGAUUUUGCCAAAAUCAAAAAACCAUAUAAGAAGAGGAUGACGGCCGAGGCGCACCGGCGUGUGGUGGUGGAGUACCUGCGUGCAGUCAUGCAGAAGCGCAUCUCCUUCCGCAGCGCUGAGGAGCGAAAAGAGGGUGCUGAGAAGAUGGUGCGAGAAGCGGAGCAGCUGCGCUUCCUGUUCCAAAAGUUGGCAACAGGAUUUGGGGAAGAUGUAGAUGGCUACUGCGACACUAUCGUAGCUGUGGCUGAAGUGAUUAAGCUGACAGACCCAUCCCUGCUGUACUUGGAGGUCUCCACUCUGGUCAGCAAGUACCCAGAUAUCAGGGACGAUCACAUUGGUGCCCUGUUGGCUAUGCGGGGGGACGCCAGCCGAGACAUGAAGCAGACCAUCAUCGAAACACUGGAGCAGGGCCCCACACAGGCCAACCCCAGCUAUGUGCCCAUCUUCAAAGAGAUCAUGGUGCCCAGCCUGAAUGUGGCCAAGCUCCUCAAGUAGCUACAGGCUGCCCACCCAUCUGCAUAGCCUUGCCCCGCCCCCAGAUCGACAGUCGCCACCUCUGCCCAAGCUGUGGGGCCAGGGUGUCCCCUCUGGCCCUGCAGUGGGGUUCAAGGAAUGUUUGGUGUACGGUGGGACUGCUUCAGGCUCUGGAUUCACCUCCUCUACCCCCUCCCUACCCCACCUGAGGAUCCCAGUCAGAAGUCUGAAAUCAAAAUGGCCUCUUUUCUGCUCAUAUCCCCUGACUUGUGUGUGCUGGUCACCAGCGAACCUCACAGCCUAACUGCAGGACACCCUGCUGCCCCGGUCUUUUUUUUUUUUUUUUUUUGUAGAUAAGGAACCCACUCCUCUCUUCUGGCAUCUAGGCACAGGGUCCCAGCCAGGCCGGUUAUGUGGAUAGAUGAGUGCUGUCAAGUGCAAAUUCAGAUAAAAAUCUGUGUGGAUGCA